AUGCAAGCGCCCCCAAGAGAUACGAAUGUCUCCCCUGGCAUCAAAUGCUCGGAUUGCGGUCAAGAUAUCGAUAUCGCAGUCAUCUCAGAGCAUACAUGCGGAACAAGCACGCCUGCGGUAUCUCUACCCCAGCCAUUUCUCCCUCGAACAGAUUCAUCCCAAAGCUUGGGCAAGCCGAGAGCUACAAGACCUCUGUUACCGAAGAUUGAUGCUGCUGCUGCUUUUCGACCACCGGUCUUUCAAGGCGAGCUUACCCCGGCAAGUAGCGAGCAUAGCUCAAUGGUUUCACCGUUGAGUGCAGGUUCUGGGACACGCCCCCCAUGGCCUGUCGUGCGCAAAGGUUCUUUGCCAGUCUCGCGCCGGCCACCGUCUCCGGAGCUCACGAACCUCGACUGUGCCUUUCCCCCGUUCCCUCUCCCAUCACGAUCCACUACGACCAAAAGAGACAGAUCUGCGACCCAGAGAAGCGACACACUCCGUUCUCGGUCGAGAGAUGCUUCUGCAUCAUCGAGGCAGCAUAGCCGCGUGGGUCAAUUGUCAAGAGCAGGGUCAUCAAACAACCUACCUCAGACUGCCCAAGACGCUCAGCUCUCAGAUAGACGCCGACCUUCGACGCCGUCAAGCAGAGCAGACUCGGUGAGCACGAGGAGCGACAGCCGCCAGCAAAGCCUCGAAAAGCUCCCCGAGCUUCAGAUCACACCAUCAGAAGAAUCAAUGCCGAUGACGGCGUCACCAACCAAGUCGAAUGAGAUGUUUCAAGCCGGGAGAAUUCCACCACCGCUCUUCAGAGCUAAUACAGAACCACCCUUGCAACCAUCAACCCCAGAUCCUGGUCUGAGUGCUUUUAACUUCGGCACCAGCCAAAAUACUAUGAUACAGCCAACAGAAACUAAUAAUGAUUUAAUCUUUAAUUCGUCACGGAUCGAGGAUAAACAGAGGAAUGACAGCCAGCCCUCUUACAAAUCCAAGGCACCACCUCCGAUCUCUGGCCAUCCGACAUUACCUCCUCUCAGCAAAAUGAGAUCGCCAACGGCCCCCCAGCCCGCUUCACCUGGCGUAUUCUCAGCCACCUUUGGAAAGCUUUUUGGGCGUCGUCCGUCACAGUCAACCAACUCCCGACGGUCAGUCGUAAGGCAAGCCCUGAGUGACGAGCCAGACAUCUACGAAGAUCGCACCGACGGCCAAAGUGUGAUUAGUCCCGACAGUGAUAAAUCUUUCCUAACGGCUGAGCCAUCGCCAAUGUUACCGGUUACCCCUUUGACCCCUGUGCACGAAGAAGCUCUCAAGGCACUUGAGGGAGAGAUACCUGCUCCAACGGUUGCACCUGUGGUCGUUGUUGAGCCUGCCACGGAAGAAGAGGCCCACGAAAGUGCCCUUGUCACACCAUUCGAGCCAAUCAAGCAUGCUCGGAUUUCAACCAUUGUGGAAGAACUUCCGGUCACUGUAAUAGUUCCAGACAAUGAUAGUACGCGGCGAGACUCUACCGACUCUGCCUCCUCCUAUGGGUCAAUUGGGUUUUCCGAACAUAGUUCCAGCUCAAGGUCUAGUUCACCUCAGAUUGACUCUUUGCACCUUGAUCCUUCUGAGACGCCGAUUUCCGGCCAGCUUAAGACGGAGGACGUCGACGUUCCAGCACCUCUACGACCGCGGGUGCCACCAGUGCCUGCGGACGCAGCUGCCGAGCCCGCUCCCCAGCAAGGUGAUUUAUCCCCCCCCGAGAAUCCGGUCAAGCCUGUGACGCCCUCGACACCCAAAGCCAAAAGCAAGGUUCCGAAUAAAGGUAUAUGUCGGGGCUGCUCGAAGGUGAUAUUGGCUACACAGAAGUCGGUUUCCAGUGCGGAUGGGCUGCUGAGUGGCAGAUACCACAAAGAGUGCUUUGUCUGUCAUACAUGCAAGGCAUCAUUUCCAACUGCCGAGUUUUAUGUCCACGAUGAUCACCCUUAUUGUGCAUAUCACUACCACGAGUUGGAAAACUCGCUUUGUGCGACAUGCGGCAAAGGAAUCGAAGGCCUCUAUAUGGAAACAGCAAACGUGGCGGGUCGAGGCAAGGAAAAGCACCAUCCCGAGUGCCUCAAAUGUACAACCUGUCAUGUACGGCUGGAUCACGACUACUUCGAACUGUCGGGCCGGGUGUACUGCGAACGGGAUGCGUUCCGACUUGCUAGCCUGCCGAAAUCGCGAGACAAUAUGCCCAGUCGUCCGAGUCCCUUGAUUCGGGAAUACAUCAGCAGCGGACAAGAUCCGGGGAUGGUCAAGGGAAGAAACUUCCCGGAACGGAGGGUGACCAGGUUGAUGAACAUGACAUGA